CUCGCCUAAAUGAAGAAUGAAGAAACAAAAUGUGCGCACGAUAUCCUUGAUCGUGUGUACAUUUACAUAUUUGUUAGUGGGAGCCGCUGUCUUUGAUGCUCUCGAAUCGGAAACGGAAAAGCGUCGUUGGGAGGCGCUGCAAGCCGUAGAGGACAUGAUUAUACGCAAAUACAAUAUAUCACAGGAGGAUUUCAAAGUCAUGGAGACGGUGGUGCUCAAGUCAGAGCCACACAAAGCCGGCCAGCAAUGGAAGUUCACCGGCGCAUUCUAUUAUGCCACCACAGUGCUGACCACCAUCGGCUAUGGCCACUCAACUCCCAGCACCAUUGGCGGCAAACUAUUUACCAUGUGCUAUGCCAUUGUGGGCAUACCGCUGGGCCUCGUUAUGUUUCAAAGUAUCGGAGAAAGAGUGAAUAGACUGAGCAGUUAUGUUAUCAAGGCUGUGCGCUCAUCGCUGCGCUGCAAACGAACCGUUGCCUCGGAGGUGGACCUCAUAUGCGUUGUUACGACGCUCAGCUCACUGACGAUAGCUGGCGGUGCUGCAGCCUUUUCAAGAUUUGAGGGUUGGAGCUACUUUGAUUCAGUAUAUUACUGUUUUAUUACUUUAACCACGAUAGGCUUCGGCGACAUGGUAGCUUUACAGAAGGAUAAUGCACUCAAUAGAAAGCCCGAAUAUGUUAUGUUUGCACUGAUAUUUAUACUAUUCGGCCUGGCAAUUGUUGCCGCCUCACUGAACUUGUUAGUACUUAGGUUUGUUACAAUGAAUACUGAGGACGAGCGACGCGACGAGGCACAGGCCAUGCAGGCACUACAAGUGGCUGUGAAGCUCGAAGGCGAUGUGAUAACAUCUAACGGAUCCAUUCUGAGCGGCUACGAAGGACACGACGCCCAGUCGCUCAGCGGUACCAACACCUCCUCAAUGUGUUCGUGUCAUUGUGUAUGUUUUAGUGCCAACCGACACAAAAAAAAUAACAACUAUAGCAGUGCCGAUGUUACAGAACACCAGUACAAAAUGCGGCGCUCCCCGACACACAUACGACACCUACUUCCCGAGGUGGUGCCCAUGCAAGAUCUGAACUACGAUACGCAAAGUCUGCAUACCAUAGGUGCCGACAUGGUCGUAGGGUGCAUGAAUGGCCUGGGCAGUGGCACUGGCAGCGCCACCGGGAUAAUGGGCGGCAGCCACACAGGCAUCGGACCUGGAGUCAGUGUUGGCGUUAUGGAUCCCACGCGAAAUGGAUCGCCGUUAAAACAGCAUAAGUUGCUCAAACGGAAUGUUUCACUUUUAUCGUUUCGUAUUUAAAAACGAAUAUUUGGAUGAGGUCGGACCAACCACCAUCAUCCCCCACUGGAAGAAGAAUGGCUGUACGACAACGAAAAGUGGCCGCAUUGGAGUUAAUGUAUCCCAAUUCCCUCAAAAAACCGACUUACAAAAUGCAAGUGAUAAAAUGUCUAUCUAAUAUGUAGAAUGUACUUACUGAAGUUCGAAGGAGCAUAGUGAAGAAAUUUA